AACGGGAAGACGCGCAUCGUAACCUGCAGGCUUCAACCACGUGCAACGACGCAGAAGCCCGACGCCGAAAUGGCCAUCUUUGGACGGCGAAAAGCAUGGGCGGUGCUUUUUGGCGCUACCGUCUUCUUUCUCUUCUACUCGUUCCCGCGGCUCGAUGUCAGGCGCCCCGCACAGCCGAACCCUGGGGCGCCAGGCCGCAGCCAUCACGCUGCGUCGGGAGCCCUACCUGGCAGAUCGACAUUCUGGAGCCGCAUGAAGCCGCGCUACCCGGUCACAGACAUGCGCGAACUUUUCACCGGGAAACCACUGGCGCUGCCCAAGGUGCAGAAAGACUUCGCGUCCGAGUCUGACUCGGACCGUGAGUUGCGCCUCAAGAGGCGAGACGCCGUCAAGGCCUCUUUCUUGCGCAGUUGGAGGUCGUACCGCAAGCUUGCCUGGAUGAGCGACGAGCUCACACCCGUCAGUGGGGGCAAGCAUGAUCCGUUUGGCGGCUGGGCCGCGACUCUUGUCGAUAGCCUGGACACGCUCUGGAUCAUGGGCUUGAAGGACGAGUUCUACGACGCUGUGGCCGCCGCAUCCCAAAUCAACUUCGACAAGGUCCCCGUGCAGGACGUCAACAUCUUCGAGACCAACAUUCGCUACCUGGGCGGCUUUCUCGCCGCCUAUGACCUUAGCGGGGACAAGCGCCUGCUCGAUAAGGCUAGGGAGGUCGGCGAGUUGCUCUACGUUGCCUUUGACACCCCCAACCGCAUGCCCGUGACACGGUGGGAUGCUUGGGGAACCAGUUCUGGCAAGGAGCUGCUCGCCCACGAAACUACCCUUCUGGCCGAGAUCGGCUCCUUCUCCCUCGAGUUCAUCCGCCUGUCCAUGCUCACCGGCGACCCAAAGUGGUAUGACGCUGUGCAGCGCAUCACAGAGCUGCUCCAGAAACAGCAGCAGUCCACCCGCCUACCCGGAAUGUGGCCCAUCCUCGUCAACGCCCAGAAGCAGGAUUUCAGGCAGCACACCGACUACACGCUCGGCGCCAUGGCCGACUCGCUGUUUGAGUACCUGCCCAAGACCCACGCUCUAGUCGGCGGCCUUCUGCCCAUGUACCGCCACAUGUACGAGGCAUCCAUGGACACGGCUAUCCGGCACAACCUGUUCCGCCCCAUGCUGCCGGACGAGAACGACGUCCUCAUCUCGGGCCUGGUGACAAUUGAGCCUGGUGAACACGGUGAAGACGUCCCCAGGUUACGACCUGAGGCCCAGCACCUGGUGUGCUUUGCUGGUGGCAUGCUGGCUCUGGGCGGGCGGCUCGUCAACAAUGAGACCCAUGUCGAGAAGGGCGAGAAACUGAUGGAUGGCUGCGUCUGGACCUAUGAAGCUAUCCCGCUGGGCAUCAUGCCUGAGACUUUCCACAUGCUGCCGUGCGAGUCGGCGGACUACUGCCCUUGGAACGAGACUUUGUGGCGGCGGACGGUGCUGACCAAGGUUGGCCUCGACGCCGACAUGGACGCGAAACAAGCCAAACAAAUCAUUCAACACAAGCGGAUCCCCGAGGGCUUCGUCGCAAUCGGCGACCCACGGUACGUCCUGCGGCCCGAAGCCAUUGAGAGCGUCUUCAUCCUGUAUCGCAUUACCGGCCGCAGGGAUCUGCCUAACACGGCGUGGAGAAUGUUUGAGACCAUCGAGGAGAACACCAAGACACCGCUGGCCAGCGCGACGCUUGCCGACGUUACCGUUACCGAGGGUAAGCCGCCGCAGAUCGACUCGAUGGAAAGCUUCUGGUUGGGUGAGACGCUUAAGUACUUCUACUUGAUGUUCAGCGAACCCGAGCUCAUUAGUCUGGAUGAGUACGUCUUCAACACAGAAGCUCAUCCGUUGAAGAGGCUGCUGCCGUCCAAUGCAUAAAUGUUUCGGCGUGCAUUUCUGUUCGGUACACUAGGCAAUAUAGAUGUCGCAACGGUUGUUUCGGCGCCCCUGAAUAGCGGCUGGUGGUCAAACGGAAGCCAUGGUCUCAAGUUGAACUCCACGCCUCAGACAAUCGGAACUCGGACUGCGUGCUGCAUAGUGCUGAGUAGAUGCCACCAUUGUCCUAGCCGACUAGGAUGCAGGUGCGGUGGG